CUUACAUCUUGCUGUACCGACACAAUCGCCGAUCGCUAAGACUUCCGAACGCAAGCGCUCAGUAAUGUCGCCCGUCAAAGUCUGGCUUCGGAUCAGAUUGCGAGAGAAAACGACGAACACUGUUGCCUGUCACUACACCCUCACACAUUCAUGAACAAAAGUAAGCACUUGGAAAGUGACGUCUACCUCGCUGUGCUCGAAGUACAUCCAAUACUCGAAGGUAGGCGGCGAGACUAGUAGUAUUUACUGCCUAACGGACGGACGGUGUUCCUUCCCAGUUCCCGCCCUCCAAAUAAACCACUCCAGCUUCCAUUCAUUCGGUUGCCACAACACAACCCCAACUCUUUCUCCCCAGUCCAGUCACUCCGUCAUCAUCCCCUUCUUGAUCAUCUCUCAUAAAAGAAGAAACCAACAAUGAACCGACUAUUCGGUAGCAAGAACACGGCUCCCAAGCCAACACUGGACGGGGCAAUCAGCAAUGUCGAGAAUCGCAUCUCCAGCAUAGACGUGAAGCUAGCGGCCCUGAACUCGGAGCUCUCGACGUACCAGGCCAAGAUCGGCAAGAUGCGCGACGGGCCCGGCAAGACGGCGCUGCGCCAGAAGGCGCUGAAGGUGCUGCAGCGGCGGAAGCAGUACGAGGCGCAGCGCGACCAGCUGUCGCAGCAGUCGUGGAACAUGGAGCAGGCGGGGAUGAUGCAGGACAACCUGAAGAACGUGAUGACGACGGUGGACGCGAUGAAGACGACCACCAAAACCCUCAAGAAGCAGUACGGGCAGAUCGACAUCGACAAGAUCGAGCGCAUGCAGGACGAGAUGGCCGACCUGAUGGACAUCGGCAACGAGAUCCAGGAGAGCAUCUCGCGCGCCUACGACGUGCCGGAGGAUGUCGACGAGGCGGAGCUCGACGCCGAGCUGGAGGCCCUGGGCGAGGAGACCUUGAUGGAGGGCGCCAUGGCCGACAGUGCCAUGCCCAGCUUUCUCCAGGACGAGGUCGCGCCCCCGCAGUUCAUCGAUGAGCCGCCGGAGCAGAGUAAGAUCAAGGAGCCUGCGGGCGGGCUUAGCUGAUUGGGUGCAACCGGGGUGGGUCUCGUCUCUGUUAGUCUAGGUGUUCGAACUAUGGAAGCAUUCGGAGUUGGGUCAUGUCUAUUCUCCUUCAAGAUUUCAAUUGAAGCAAUUUGAUUCUUUUUUUUUCU